AUGAUGGCAAAAUUGUGGGGCAAUCGGAUUCGCACGCCUCUCUCCCGCCAGCCAGCCAGCCAAGCCAGCAUCCCUCACCUCUCGAUAUGGUCGGCGUUGGUCGCUUGUAUUUCCCGAUUUGUCAUUCAGGGGAUCGGCAUGAUUGGCAGCAUCCGACAGCGGAGUGGGGCUGUGCUGUGGGCGUGCAUAGAAACGGGGAACGCUUCAACACAAAGAAAAGCGGGGAGGGACAGCGUGACGAGCGAGAGAUAGAGACAGACCGCAGCGGAAGAGUUCUAAGAAGAAGAAAGAGACGAAGAAGAGGCAAGAGCACGAGGUUAUCAUUUCAUCCCAUCAUCCCACUCUCCACCACCACCGCACCAACUCCGUAGAUAGCUCCCUCCCCCAGCCCGAUCACCUCCCUCGAUCAACCAUGUCGUCCUUCACCGAGGUCCCAAUCCUCGACCUCUCCCUCGCUAAAGACCCCGCGACGAAGCCCGCCUUCCUUGAGGAUCUCAGGAAGGCGCUGCUCGAGGUCGGAUUCCUCUACAUCAAGAACACCGACGUCGAUGCACAGCUCGUUAAGGAUGUAAUCCGUCUUACGAAGGAGUUCUUUGACCUACCAACAGAGGAGAAGUUGCGGUUGGAGAUGAAGAAUUCUCCCCACUUCUUGGGAUACUCGAAACUUGGCAACGAGAUAACGAAGCACGCGACCGAUUACCGUGAGCAGAUAGACCUUGCUACCGAGCUUCCCUCCCCUUCGGACGACGAGCCCCGAUAUCGCAAGUUGCGAGGACCGAAUCAAUGGCCGAAAGACGAUCUCAUUCCCGGGUUCAGGAAGACAAUCGAAGAGUACAUCGAGCAGAUGGGUGAGCUGAGCACCGACUUUACAUCGUUGAUCGCCGAAGCUGUCGGACUUCCAACGAAUGCUUUCGAGCGGUUCUUCGAAGGAAUCGGAGAGAGUGCGAGCGGAACCAAGAGGCAAGAUAAGCUGAAGCUCGUCAAGUACCCGGACAUGGAGGAGCUUCAGCAGGAUGGAGAGAGUGCUCAAGGCGUAGGACCACACAAAGACUCAAUGCUCUCCUCCUACCUACUCCAGGUACCACCGCACAAUAAUCUCCAGGUUCAGAACUCAGAAGGCGCUUGGAUCUCCUGCCCACCAAUAGACGGGACCUUUGUUGUUGCUAUGGGACAAGGUUUGGAAGCUAUCACCGGUGGUGUGAUUGCCUCGACCACCCACCGCGUACUCUCCCCUGCUGCCGGCGAGGGUCCGCGGUACUCGAUUCCUUUCUUCCAAGGUAUCAGCUAUGACGCCCGAUUCGAGAGCAUGGAAGUUCCGGAGGAGGUGCGGAAGCUGAAGAAACAGGUUAUGGGCAACGAUGUCGAGAUGACUUUCAGGAGUGAUAUGUUUGAGAGGCUGGGCGAUGCUACUCUCACCAACCGGGUCAAGUCGCACACCGAUGUCGGAGGGAAAUAUUAUCCGGAUAUCCUCAAGAGUCUUGAUAAUCUCAAGUUGUCCACUUCCCUCGAUAUUCCAGACGACGACCCAUCUUUUGAGAAGCCGAUUGGCCGCAAGCGUGCUCCCUCGAUCGUCAUCGACAAAGUCGACGAGCUCCCCAGCUAUGGUGAGGACCCUGGCCCAGACGGAUCUCUGCAGCGGAAGGAAGCGUUCGAGAAGCGAAAGAUGGACGCGCAGCCGGACGAGAUACGGAUCGGCGACGACGGAAGGCCCAUGGGCCGCAGAAGAGCACCCACCAUCGUCCUCGACCGAGUCGACGGAGAUCCAGCGUACGGCGAAGACCCGGGCCCAGAGGGUUCGUUGCAACGCAAGGAGGCCUACGAGAAACGCAAGAUGGAUGCCACCCCCGAUGAGGUUCGCGUGAUUCACGGCGACUACUUCCCGCCUGCUUCUCCGAGCUAGUUCCCCUUGUGUGUUACUGGUGACGGGGUCGUGGAGAGGUGAUACCUGUAGGUCGGCAUCGUAGCGUUUUCUUCUUGCUUGUUCGGGAUGGAUCUCUAUAAAGUUGGAGUUACAUUUAAAUGGCGAUUUAGUUUCAUGUGUGCAUGACCUGUCAACGCCAUUUGUCUCAGUGAACCCGCGAGUCAAGAGCCCAAAGCCCGGAGCCCUGAUG